CAUGGCCGCAGCGACAAACGCGACAUAACAUUACGACCGCCAACCUCGUCCUGCGCAUGAUGAUCCGAUAGAGUCGCCGAACUUGCACCACAUUUGUGAUCUUUCCUAUCCUGCACAAUGGCGUCGGCGGUGUUCUUCCUCGACCUGAAGGGCAAGACCCUUCUGGCGCGCAACUACAGAGGAGACAUUCCCAUGUCCGCCGUCGAGAAGUUCCCUGUACUGCUCAGCGAGGCCGAAGAAGAGAGCUCCGCCGUCCCGCCGUGCUUCUCCAACGAAGGCAUCAACUAUCUAUACAUCAGGCACAACAAUCUCUACCUCCUCGCCCUCACGAAACGAAACAGCAAUGCCGCCGAGAUCCUCCUAUUCUUGCACAAGGUCGUCGAGGUUUUCACCGAGUACUUCAAGGAGCUGGAGGAGGAGAGUAUACGGGACAACUUUGUCGUCAUCUACGAACUUCUCGACGAGAUGAUGGACUUUGGGUACCCGCAGACAACGGAAACCAAGAUAUUACAGGAGUACAUCACGCAAGAGUCGCACAAGCUUGACGUUCAAGCACGACCGCCAAUCGCUGUCACCAAUGCUGUCAGCUGGCGAAGCGAAGGCAUCCGUUACCGCAAGAACGAAGUCUUCCUUGACGUCGUUGAGUCGCUCAACCUCCUCGUAUCCGCAAACGGCAACGUGCUACGCUCCGAGAUUCUGGGUGCGGUCAAGAUGAAGUGCUACCUAUCCGGUAUGCCUGAGCUACGAUUAGGGCUCAACGACAAAGCGAUGUUCGAAACCACAGGGAGGGCAACGAGAGGGAAGGCUGUAGAAAUGGAAGACGUCAAGUUCCACCAGUGCGUCCGAUUAUCACGAUUCGAGAACGACCGGACAAUCAGUUUCAUUCCGCCCGAUGGCGAGUUUGAGUUGAUGAGCUACCGAUUGAACACACAGGUCAAGCCUCUGAUCUGGGUAGAGUGCAUAGUGGAAAGCCACUCCGGCAGCAGAAUAGAGUACAUGUUGAAGGCAAAAGCACAGUUCAAGCGACGCAGCACAGCCAACAAUGUCCAAAUCAGUAUCCCCGUUCCGGAAGACGCCGACACCCCGCGCUUCCGCACCAACAUCGGUACCGUUCACUACGCUCCCGAAACCUCUUCGAUCGUUUGGAAGAUUAAGCAAUUUGGUGGCGGGAAAGAAUUCCUCAUGCGUGCAGAACUUGGACUGCCAUCUGUCAGAGGUGACGAUGAGAAGGGAGGUGGCAUGAUGGGUGGCUUUGGAGGAAGCAUGGGCGGUGUAGGUGGUGGCAAGGGCAAGAGGCCGAUCAGUGUCAAGUUUGAGAUUCCGUACUUCACUACGAGUGGAAUACAGGUUCGGUAUCUGAAGAUCAUCGAACCGAAGCUGCAAUACCCGUCGCUUCCAUGGGUGCGAUACAUUACACAGUCAGGCGACAUCGCUGUGCGGUUGCCUGAUGUAAAUUAAUAGGGGCUCGGGUUGAGGGUAUAGAUACCAACGAUGGGAUGAAGCAUACUAUGUUUGACGUUACGUUCACGCACGUGCCACCUCCUUCAGCA